AUGAAGAAAAGUGAGUAUGAGUUACUGAAAACACAUAAUGAUUCAAGAUUUGUCCGUGAAAUGGCAACAAAAUUUUGGGGAACAGAAACCCUCAAAAAGAGAUGUUUGAAUCCGAUAUUAGCAAACAGAGGAAGAGAAGAUGAUCCUGAUAAUCAAAGAUUAAUUUUAACGCCAGAAAAAUGUAAAGUACUUAAAGCAUGUUUAGCUGACAAAUUAACGGAUUUGAAGGUAGAAGGAAGACAUCGAGCAAAAAGAAUGAAUGCAAUCAACUCAUACCUGCGAUCCAAAUUAUACGAUGUUCAAAGGAAACGUAAAAAUUAAGAUUAAAAUGUGACUAGACUAUUUCAACAAAAUUUUAAUUAUAAUUUGUUUUAGAAAAAAGAAAUACCAAAUUUUAUAUUUAAGAAAACGGGCUAUUAAAAGCCUCAUGCAAAGCAAAAAUUGAGGCUUUCUAUAGAAUAAAGGGACGAGCGCGUGGUUGAAAGGGAUAAUACCAGUCAGGUAGCAGUGAGCGGCUCAGGGCUGAUUGGUAUUAUCCCAUUCAACCACGCGCUCGUCCCCUUAUUCUAUGGAAAUUUUGAGGUUGAGACACUUUUAAAUAAAACUUUUUUAAAUUAAGGCUAAUUUAAAUAAUAUUAUAUA